ACCUCGUGCCUUGCUGCAAUCAAAAGAAAACUACGUUCCAAUUCCAAAACUUUUAUUACUUAGAAUUAUAAGUAGAUUUCUUUUGGUUAAUAUAUUAUAAAGAAGCUUCUUUAUUUGCACUGUAUUGCACUAAAUUGAUUAGUUUUGACUCUGAGUCAUCUUCCAUUUUGACAGUCUCUAAUUUCCUGAACUAAAGGAAUUUAACAGACUGGAAGAUCUAAUUGCCUUCACCACACAUUAGCAUUCCCCCAGCUGUUCAUAAACUACCCCCUUUUUUUGUGGACUAUUUUUCAGUCAGAAUCCCAAUGCAUUAAGUGGGAUUUGCAGCAAACAUUCAGCAGAGAAACUAAAAGCAUAUAUACGACUGAAAAAAAAAAAGUAAACCAUGUUUAAGGCAUGGAAGAGCGACAAGAAGAAGAUCAAAGUAGUGUUUCAAUUGCAGUUUCAGGCAACUCAGGUGCCACGGUUGAAAAAGUCCGCCGUAACGAUAGCGUUGGUGCCGGAGGAUGUUGGGAAGCCGACGCUGAAAUUAGAGAAAGUGGCAGUUCAAGAUGGGAGUUGUUUGUGGGAGAAUCCUGUUUAUGAAACUGUGAAAAUGAUUAGAGAGAUAAAAACGGGGAAAUUGAGUGAAAAAAUUUACCAUUUCGUUGUUUCAAAUGGAUCUUCAAAAGCAGGGUUUCUCGGUGAAGCUUCGAUUGAUUUUGCUGAUUUUGCUGCAGAAACUGAACCUGUUACUGUAUCUCUGCCGCUUAAGUUUGCCAACUCCGGUGCCAUUCUACAUGUGACAAUUCAUAAAAUUGAAGGAGCAGAAGAUCAGAGAUAUGUUGGAGAUGGUGAAGGCUUGACCAUUUCCAGGGAGGGAAGCCUGCAACGCGAAGGCAUAAAUUACAGUGACAAUGUCCAAACUUUAACAGAAGAUGGGCAGUUGGACCCCGCUGAAUUAUAUUCAUCUCUACGGCAGAACUCUAUGCCUAAGGGAGCUGUGGAUACUGGCAUGACUAAAAAGAACAUGCACCGGAGAACAAACACGGAUUGGUCGGCCAGUUCAACUUCUGAUGGAAGUUUAGCGGAGUUAGCUAUUAGCCCCGAAGACGUCCCAAGAGAAUGGAAUAAGGAAUCGGAAAAUCCUGUUGAGAAACUCAGAAGUGAAAAUGCUAUGUUAUUGAGGCAGGUAGAAGUAUCGGAAUUAGAGUUGCAAUCUCUUAGGAAACAGAUUACGAAGGAGAACAAAAGGACUCAAGAUUUAUCGAGACAAGUUACCAGCCUUAAAGAAGAAAGAGAUGCAAUGAAGGUGGAGUUUGAACGACUCAAGUCAAAGAACAAUCUGGAUGAGGAAGUACUUGAAAGUCUAUCGGAAGAUGAGAAUGAGGUUCUGCUAAAGGAAAUUAGGCAGGAGCUGGAUCAUCAAAAGGAAUUAAAUGCCAAUCUUCGUUUGCAGCUGCAGAAGACGGAGGAUUCCAAUUCUAAUUUGAUUCUUGCAGUGAGAGACCUCAAUGAAAUGCUAGAGAAAAAGAACAGGGAAAUAUCUCGCCUCUCCAGUGAGAUAGAAGCAAGUACCAGCAUUGAAGAGGUGCGGUUGAAUGAACAACAUGAUGCCGAUGAAGUACACAUGAUGAAGCACACAAUCACAGACCUGAAUGCUGAGUUGGAGUUCUACAAGAAGCAUAAGGAGGAGUUAGAGAUGCAUAUAGAAGAACUGAGCCGGGAAAAUGAUGAAAUAUCCUCACAGUUAAAGCAAAACCAGCAACAAGAAUCGAUAAAGGCACAAAAGGAGUCCUCAGAAUAUUUGGCUACUAUAGAUGAACUUGAAUCUCAGGUGCAAAGACUAGAGGACAAACUCAAGCAGCAAUCAGAAGAAUACUCAGAGUCUUUAAUUGCCAUUAAUGAGCUAGAAAGUCAAGUCAAAGAAUUAAACAGAGAACUGGAGAAUCGGACACAAGGGUUUGAAGAAGAACUCAACGCCUUGAUGCAUUCCAAAACCGAGCAGGAACAGAGGGCAAUCCGAGCAGAGGAGGCAUUAAGAAAGUCAAGGUGGACAAAUGCUGCUAAUGCCGAGCGCCUUCAAGACGAAUUUAAGAAGCUGUCCGUUGAAAUGGCCAGUAGGAUUGAUGAGAAUGAAAAGAUGACCAUGAAAGCAGUUGAAGAAGCAAACGACCUGCAGAUGCAAAAAAGAGAUCUGGAAGAAAUGCUCCAAAAAGCCAGUGAAGAACUUGAGCUACUUAAAGAUCAGACUGCAGUCGAAUGGCAACACCUUUCACACCAACUAGAUCUCAAAGCAAAACAAAUAGAGAAAAUGUCAAUGGAACUUACCGAUAAGACUUCACAACUUGAAUAUGCACAAAGGCAAGAGAAGGAAAAGCAGGAGGAAUUCUAUAAAGAAAUUCAAAUGCUUAAGACUGAGAUCCAGAAGCUCGAAGAGCAGAGAAGCCAAUUUUCUGAUCCGGCAAAAGAAAAUGGGAAGCAAAGUGAUGAAACCAAAAAAGUGAAGGCAUCAAAUGAAAAAACUGAGAUGCUGAUACAAAGAUGGAAUAAAGAAAGAGAUGAACUUGAGAAAAAAAUCACUUUAGCAAAGAAGGAAACGGAGAAGGCACAGAAACAAUUGAUUAGCACGAGGUCUUUGAAGGAUAAAAAGGAGAUGGUGAUCUCAAAUUUGCAGGCAGAAAUGGAAAAUAUUAGAGUGGAGUGUAAUGACUUAAAACAUAGCUUGGUCCGGGAAGAAAGGGAGAAAGAUAAACUGAGGAAACAGGUAUCUCAAUUAAAGAAUGACCUGCAGAAGAAGGAAGAAGAAAUCGGCUCUAUACAGAAAGAACUCAAAAGUAGUGGUGGUCAAGCUGACAUUGCCUCGAAAAGCAGCCACUCUACUUCAGCUCCUCAAGAAUCCAAGGAUAUCACUAGCUUGCAGAAAAAAAUGAGGUUGCUUAAGGAACGUAUAAACCUCAAGGAAACUGCUUUGAAAACAUCAGCUAAUUCAGCUCCGGAGAAGGAAAGUAAUCUCAGCAAUAUGAUUGAAGAGCUCGAAAGCUUCAUGGAACAACUCAAAGUUUGUCAUUGUUUUUCUGCAGACCGGUGUCAGAAGGAACCUAUAAAUGUUAACAAAUCUGAGGAAAGAAGAAAGUCACGAGAUAAGCUCCAGUCUAAGACUACCGUUGCAGAAGGCAUGCCUUUGUCAACAACAGCAGUACCAGUUGAAAGCAGUGAUGUUAAUCUUGCCGAAUUGCUAAGUGAAGUGGAAGGUCUUAAGGAAAGGAACAAAUCUAUGGAGCGUGAGCUUAAAGACAUGGAAGAAAGGUAUUCUGAAAUAAGUCUCAAAUUUGCAGAAGUGGAAGGGGAAAGACAACAACUUGUAAUGACAGUGAGAAACCUUAAGAAUGGCAAGAAGAACUAGCAUUGUUCAAAGAUGCUGUAUGCUGGACAAAGAACGCUAAGCAGGGUAAAGCAGCUGAUCGUCUAAAAGGAAAUAUGUGUUUGAUAGGUACAUCAAAGUCCAAUCAAGAAAUCCCUAUCAUUUGAAUUUGUGAAAAUAGCAUUCUUCCUUUAUUUGUUGCUCAUCUCUCCUGUUAGGAACAGUGAAAAAUUAGAUUCAACCAAUUUCAUUGAAAGCUCAAGCAGCAAAUUUGGA